CGAAGCGAGUCGUCGAAGUAUUUAUACCGCUGGGCAGCUUACGCGUUGGCUGCGUCCGGAGAUUUGGAGGGAGCGAUGAUUGCGUUGGAGGAUGGAAGAGCGAAGGAGCUCAGGCAGCGUUUCGCUACUACCUUCGUAGACGAGGAAACCAUGAAGUUCGUCCCAGAGGCCCUGAAGGAGGCCUAUUACUCUGCCGCAGAGGCUCUUGCGCGCUCUCCACUCCUGGCCUCGGACGUAGAUGCACCGGCUGCUCGCACUCUCAAUACUGUAGUGGAUGCUAUACGAUCGAUACCUGGGCAUCGAGGGUUCGCGACUGGGACGCGCGCAUCUGAGCUCACAGGGGCUGUGGAACACGGUUGGCCGUUGAUAUACGUCAAUCCAACGGUAUUUGGAACGCUUCUCUUGCUUGUCCGAAGGGUCAAGGGAGAGGUAGCAGAAGGUCAGGAGGAACUCCGGUAUUCUUGCCGGUUCAUUGAGGGUCUUCCGAACGGCCAGAUCACCAAGACGCUUCUCAUCGGGCAGAAGAGGAAGGACCACGAGUCUGAUUUUUACCUCUCGAUUUUCAACGACCGGAACGACGCGACCUUUCCUGAAACUCUUGGUAACGCUUUGGCUUGGGUGGGUAACCGACUCGCGAAGAACAUACAUGAAUUUGUGAUGGAUUGUUCGGACGAGGUGGAUAAGGAGCCAUUCCCGGUCGGAAUUACACUGGUUCCUUGUGGCCAUAUUUCGCUGAUCCCGCUGGAUGCUGCUACCUGGAUUGACAGAAGGACGCAGGAAAGACGAUGUCUCGCCGAUGAGUUCUUCGUUCGUUACGCUCCCUCCGGCAUCAUUGCCGCCGCCUCAAUCCGCAAAGCCAAGGCCUUCGACAAUUCUUCCUCUCCUCGGGUUCCACACUUCUUAGCCAUAGGUGACCCGCUCCUGGGUCUCUCGAGCGCGCGUUUCGAAAUCGAGGGAAUCUCGCACCACUUCCCCGCUGACUCGCGCCACAUCGCCUACGAGGACGCUGCCACACUUCCCUUCAUAACCACCCACGCACCUCAAGCAAGCCAUAUACACCUAGCAACCCAUGCUUCCUCCUACAUCAUACCCACACUUUCGGCCUCCCAAGCGUCGAUUUAUCUCGCCGAUGGACCCCUCCUCGCCACUCAGAUCCCCGCCACCCUAUCACUCGGUCAGACGAGAUUGACGGUCAUAUCAGCAUGCGAGAGCGCGGUACGCGGGUUCGAGGGUGUGGACGAGGCAUUUUCGAUCGGGACGGUGAUGUUGGCUGCGGGGAGUGCAUGUGCGAUUGGAAGUUUAUGGCGAGUGGACGAUGUUGCGACUUCGCUUUUGAUGGUUGGGAUGUAUGAAGAGAUGAUGGGGAGGGGAAAGAAACCGCCGGAGGCGUUGGCAGAAGCGAAGAGGUGGUUGAGGGAACUGGAUAUUGACGCAAAUGGAGAAAAAAAGGACGAGGAUGGAGCUGAAGAUGCGUUUUGGGGGAGAUACCGUGGGAUGAGGAGAGAGAUAGAGGAGAGUGGGUUUGUGGGAAGGGCUUUUGAGCAUCCGUUUUAUUGGGCUGGGUUUAUGGCGCUUGGGGCAUAG